CGGACCGGCGAUGGGAGAGGAGAGUGAGUGAGUGAGUGAGUGAGGUACUUCGAUCAUGCAGCGUUUAGCCCGGACAAAGCCACUAGCUGCCCCCUGCCCGAGUUAAUGCCUCCGGCAGCUUGGGCUGGAGGGAGAGAGGAGAGCACCGCCCCGGGAAAGUUUGCGGGCUGUUGUUGGAGUGACUGCGGGGCCCCGGAGCCCGGGCGGGGGGCUUUGUGGCAGUGGCACACAUUGGGCGGCAGCUCGGCACCGGACCGUGGAGCGCCAGACACAGUCGCUUGGUGAUUUCUCAAGUGCCAUCACGAUGAGAUCAACUGCACUACUGGUUUCUUUGCUGCUUUUUCAGCUUUUCAAUAGCUGUGAAGGAAAUAGGAAGAAUGAAGCCACGUCAUCAAUUCAGUUCACACAACACCUUUAUAAUGCUUAUAUUUAUGAGAAUUCUGCUGCCAAGACCUAUUUAGAAACUCAUCCAAAAAUGGGCAUAUACAUCACACAUCCAUCAUCAGAGUUUCGAUAUAAAAUAAUUUCUGGUGAUCACGAAAACUUGUUUAAAGCUGAAGACUACAACCUUGGGGAUUUCUGUUUCUUGCGUAUUAGGACUAAGGGAGGGAAUUCUGCAGUCUUAAAUAGGGAGGUGAAAGACCAUUAUUUGCUGAAUGUUAAGGCAGUUGAGAAAAAAACGAAUGCUGAAGCACAGACAAAAGUUAAAGUUCAUGUUUUAGACACAAAUGACCUUCGGCCCCUGUUUUCACCAACAUCGUACAGUGCAUCUUUGGCAGAAAGCACCCCUCUAAGAACCAGUGUGGCCAGAGUCAGGGCCACUGAUGCAGACAUCGGCACUAAUGGAGAGUUUUAUUACAGCUUCAAGGAUUGGACAGAUGCAUUUGCCAUUCAUCCCACCAAUGGUGUAGUUACCCUAACUGGGAGGCUGGACUACUCUGAGAAGAAACAGUAUGAUUUGGAGAUCCUUGCUGCUGAUCGUGGCAAGAAAUUAUAUGGCAGCAGUGGAACAAGCAGUUUGGCAAAGCUUACUAUUCAUGUGGAACAGGGAAAUGAAAAUGCACCACUCAUCACAGCUGUUACCCUUGUCCCAUCAGACAUGGAUAAAGAUCCAAUAUAUGCAAUUAUAACAGUGGAAGAUGAAGACCCAGGAGUCAGUGGAGAAAUAGCAUCCUUAAAUAUUGUGGCAGGAGAUCCUCUGCAUCAGUUCAGGGUCACGAGGUCAAGUCCUGGUAGCAAAGAAUACCAUAUUAGAGCUAUUGACCAAAUUGACUGGGAAAGCCAGUCUUCUGGAUAUAAUCUCACACUUCAAGCGAAGGACAAAGGUACACCACCUCAGUUUUCCUCUGUGAAAGUUAUCCAUGUAACACCUCCUCAAUCAAAAUCAGUGCCCUGUAGAUUUGAGAAAGAUCUAUAUGAAGUCAGAUUGAGUGAGUUUGCUCCCCUGAAUUCUCCGGUUGUGAUGGUGAAAGUGAAUCCAGUGUAUCCACAGAUUAAGUUUGCCUUCAGAUAUCACGUGGAUAAGUUUCGUAUUAACCCUGACACUGGUCUCAUCACUACUAAUGGCUUUAUUAAAGCACAAGAAGCUUCCUCCUAUCAACUUGAAGUUAUAAUUGUUGACAGACAGGCAUCAACAAAAGUAAUUGUGCAUGUGAUAGAUAUGAAUGACAAUGCUCCUGAAUUCAAGCAGUCAUCGUAUAGGUCCACUGUCAGUGAAAAUGUGCCGGUUGGCACUAGUGUCUUGACUGUAAGUGCCACAGAUGUUGACGCAGGUGAGAAUGGAUACGUGACAUACAGUAUUGCCAACUUGAACCCCCCACCUUUUGAAGUAGACUAUUUCAGUGGUGUCAUCAGGACUUCCCAGGAGUUGGAUUAUGAAUUAAUGCCAAGAAUCUAUAACUUGCGAGUCCGUGCAUCUGAUUGGGGCUCACCUUAUCGUCGUGAAGUUGAAGCACUUGUGACUAUUUUCUUAAGCAAUGUAAAUGACAAUAAGCCGUUGUUUGAGAAGGUGAAUUGUAUAGGUACAAUUCCAAGGGAUCUAAAUAUUGGUGAACAGAUUACUACUGUGUCUGCUAUUGAUGCAGAUGAGAUGCAGCUGGUAAGAUAUCAGAUAGUAACAGGGAAUGAACUAGACUUGUUUGACUUGAACCCUAACUCUGGUGUCCUUGUGUUGAAGCGGCCUCUUACCGAUGGAGCUGGAGUCACAGGCUCUUUUCAUUGUCUACAGAUUACAGCUACAGAUGGAGAGAACUUUGCUACUUCAAUGUACAUCAACAUCACUGUUGCAACCAGUUGGAAACAAGUUAAUUUGCACUGCACGGAAACUGGAGUGGCUAAAUUCUUAGCAGAAAAGCUUCUCCAGGCAAAUAAGAUCCACAAUCAUGGAGAUUCUGAGGACUUGUUUUCUGAUAAUCAUUCAAUUAAUCGGCAUGCACCCCAGUUUGACAGUUCUUUUCCAGGUGUAAUUCAAGUUAAAGAAGACAAUCCAGUUGGAACUAAACUAUUGUUGAUAAAUGCUACAGAUUUUGAUAAUGGCUUCAAUGGAAGAUUGGUUUAUGUAAUUUCUGGAGGUGAUAGCGACAGCAAGUUCAUUAUUGAUAUGGAAACGGGCUGGUUAAAAGUAGUUGCUCCUCUUGACAGGGAAAAAAAUGAUCAUUAUACCCUUAAUAUAACUGUGUAUGAUCUUGGGAUACCUCAGAAGUCUGCUUGGCGUCUGCUAGAUGUAAACAUACUAGAUGCAAAUGAUAAUAGGCCAGCAUUUCUGCAGGAUGUGUAUUCUGAAGUAGUGAGUGAAAACAAAGAAGUGGGAAGCAUGAUUAUUCAGCUUGAAGCAACAGAUCGAGAUCUGGGUGCCAAUGGAGAAGUCAGAUAUUCCAUUCUGACAGACACAGAUGCAUUUGCAAUUGACAGUGUGACUGGAAUUGUGAAGGUUAUAGGAUUACUAGACAGAGAAAAAGAACCUGUUUAUUUACUGAAAGUCGAAGCUAGGGAUCAAGCUAAGGAGGAGCCCCAGCUAUUUUCAACGGUUCUGCUGAAAGUGACUUUGGAAGAUGUCAAUGAUAAUGCGCCUGAAUUUAUUCCGCGAAACUAUCACAUUAAAAUUCGAGAAGACUUACCGGAAGGAACAGUUGCUAUGUGGUUGGAAGCCUAUGAUCCUGAUGUUGGGCAAAGCAGUCAAGUACGUUACAGUCUGAUAGACAGUGGAGAAGGGUAUUUUGAUGUGGAUAAAUUAAGUGGAGCUCUUCGCAUUAUGCGCAAAGUAGAUUUUGAGAAGAAGCAGUUCUAUAAUUUGACUGCUCGUGCGAAGGAUAAAGGACGACCCGUUUCUCUAUCUUCAACCUGCUACAUUGAAGUAGAAGUGGUGGAUGUAAAUGAGAAUUUAUAUGCUCCUGUGUUUCCUUUCUUUGUGGCUAAUGGAUCUGUCAGUGAAGAUGUUCCGAUUGGUACAUCAGUAAUGACUGUAACAGCUAAUGAUAAUGACAAUGGCAGAGAUGGAGAAGUUAGGUACUCCAUAAGGGAUGGAUCGGGACUUGGAGUCUUCACAAUUGAUGAAGAAAAAGGUAUAAUUAGGACAGCAGAUCUUCUGGACCACGAAACUGCUUCAUAUUACUGGCUCACAGUGUAUGCCACUGAUCUUGGAGUUGUACCUCUCUUCUCCUUCAUCGAAGUGUAUAUUGAAAUUGAGGAUGUUAAUGAUAAUGCUCCACAGACAUCUCGGCCAGUUUAUUACCCUGAAGUCAUGGAGAACUCUCCCAAAGAUGUGUCCGUUGUACAGAUCGAAGCGUCUGACCCAGAUUCCAGAUCAAGUGACAGGCUGAGCUAUAAAAUUACCAGUGGCAAUCCGCAAGGUUUUUUCACCAUAAAUCAGGAGACUGGACUGAUUACAACAACAUCACGAAAACUAGACCGGGAACAACAAGCAGAACACAUCCUUGAGGUGACAAUUACUGACAAUGACAGCAACCCAAAAUCUACUGUUGCCAGAGUCAUAGUGAAAGUUUUGGAUGAAAAUGACAAUAAGCCUCAGUUCUUGCAGAAGUUUUAUAAAGUUAAGCUUCCAGACCGAAUAAAACCAGAUCGGGAGAAAUCCAUUAAGCGGGAACCCAUCUUUAGAGUUGUUGCUGCUGAUAAGGAUGAAGGCCCGAAUGCUGAAUUAUCAUACAGCAUCGAAGAGGGAGAUGAACAGGGCAAGUUUUUCAUUGAGCCCAAAACUGGCGUUGUCUCAUCCAAGAAGUUUUCUGCAGCGGGCGAAUAUGAUAUUCUCACAAUAAAAGUAGUGGAUAAUGGACGUCCUCAGAAAUCAACUAUAGCUCGGCUGCAUGUUGAGUGGAUCAUGAAACCUGAGCCGCCUUCUGAACCAUGGAACUUUGAAGAACCUUCAUUUUCCUUUAGUGUCAUGGAGAAUGAUCCAGUUACUCAUAUGGUCGGAGUCAUUGCUGUGGAACCAGUUGGCACUACCCUCUGGUUUGAUAUCACCGGUGGCAACUAUGACAGUCGAUUUGAUGUGGACAAAGGUAGUGGAACCAUCAUUGUUGCUAGACCACUUGAUGCAGAACAGAAAUCGAAUUACAAUUUGACAGUGGAGGCAACAGAUGGGACAAUGUCCAUCAGCACUCAGGUAUACAUUAAAGUUAUUGAUACAAAUGAUCAUCGACCUGAGUUUUCCAAAUCUGAAUAUGAAGUUAGUAUUCCGGAAGACACAAUUCCUGAAACGGUAAUUCUGCAAGUUAGUGCCAGUGAUAGGGAUGAGAAGAACAAGUUGAUUUAUACUCUUCAAGGCAGCACUGAUCCAAGAAGUCUGAAAAAGUUCAGGCUGGAUCCUGCUACUGGUGUUCUCUUCACAGCAGAAAAACUGGACCAUGAGACCAAACAUCAGCAUGUUCUUACUAUUAUGGUUCGAGAUCAAGAUGUUCCUGUCAAGCGUAAUUAUGUGAGAGUUACUGUUAAUAUUGAAGAUACCAAUGACCACGCACCGUGGUUUACCAGCUCUUCCUACACCGGUCGUGUGUUUGAGUCUGCUGCAGUUGACUCAGCAGUACUUCAGGUUACAGCAUUGGAUAAAGAUAAGGGGCAAAAUGCAGAAAUUACAUACACUAUUGAGUCAGGAAAUGUUGGCAACAGCUUUGCCAUUGAUCCAGUGCUGGGUACUAUUACGGUUGCAAAAGGCUUGGAUCGCAGUACCUGGAGGCAAUAUGAACUGAUAGUCAAAGCGACUGAUGGAGGAAGUGCUCCAAUGAGUGCUGUUACUGCUGUUCGCAUCAUUGUGACCAUUUCUGAUAACGCAGCACCCAAGUUUGCAGUAAGGGAGUACUAUGCAGAGAUAGGUGAAGGAGCCAGCAUUGGGAGUUUUGUUAUCCUGAUAACUGCAUCCAGCCAGUCGUCUAUAGUUUAUGAAAUAAAAGAUGGAAAUGUAAACGGCGCAUUUAACAUCAACCCUAACUCAGGAGUCAUUGUUACCCAGAAGGCACUUGACAACGAGGGACUGGCUUUAUACCGACUGACAAUUCAAGCUACAAAUAUGGCUGGGUUAUCUACUAACACCACCGUUUUAAUACAGCUGCGAGAUGAAAACGACAACGUGCCCGUUUUCAUUGAAUCGGAGUAUGUCGGAAUCAUUAGUGAAUCUGCCCAUGUCAACAGUGUUGUUCUGAAUAAGCAGAGUACUCCACUGGUAAUUCAAGCCACAGAUGCUGACGAAGGAUCCAAUGCCCUCCUGUUUUAUCAAAUUGCCGAGCCAUCUGCCCGGAAAUAUUUUGCUAUUGAUUCCCGGACGGGCGCCAUUCGUGCAGUGCAGAAACUAGACUAUGAGCAGAUGAAUAUUUUUAAUUUCACCGUGCAAGUGCACGAUAGUGGAAAUCCACAAUUGUUUGCAGAGCAUGCCGCAAAUGUCACCAUUCAUGUGAUUGAUGUAAACGAUUGCCCUCCCAUCUUUGCUCAGGAUUUGUAUGAUGUCUCCCUUCUUGUGCCAACAUACAAAGGUGUGAAGGUGACUGUUGUAGACGCCACUGAUGCUGAUUCGAAUUCAAAUGCCGAUCUAAUUUAUUCCAUAAUCGAUGGUAACAUAGGUGAGAAGUUCUCCAUAGAUGCAAAGACAGCACUUAUUUCAGUGCAGAACACAAUCCACUUGAGGAGUCGGUAUGAACUUACAGUUAGAGCAAGUGAUGGCAGGUUUUCCAGUACAACUUCAGUGCGAAUAAAUAUAAAAGAAAGCAAAGAAAGCAACCUAAAAUUCACCCAAAGUUCAUAUUCUGCUGUUGUAAAGGAAAACACCACGGAGGUUAAAACUAUAGCCAUUAUUACUACAGUGGGUAAUGAAAUGAAUGAGCCAUUAUUUUACCACAUCCAUAAUCCUGAUAGAAAGUUUAAAAUAAGCCGCACGUCGGGUGUUCUUGCAACUACCGGAAUCCCGUUUGAUCGUGAAGAGCAAGAAGUGUUUGAUGUGGUGGUUGAAGUUAGUGAAGAAAAAAAUCCAUCAAGAGUGGCGCAUGUGGUUGUGAAAGUUACUGUUGAAGACGUUAAUGACAAUGCUCCAAUCUUUGUCAACCUGCCUUAUUAUGCCGUUGUCCAAAUGGAUGCUGAAGUAGGCCAUGUUAUUCGCCAGGUCACUGCUAUAGAUAAGGAUAUUGGUAAAAAUGGAGAAGUUUGUUAUUAUCUUAAAAAACAUCAUGACCAUUUUCAGAUAGGACCAUCAGGAGAAAUAUCCCUAAAGAAGAAUUUUGAGCCCAACCUGUCAAAUAUGGAGUAUGUUGUUGUUGUUGUUGUGAAGGAUGGAGGGGAGGUGUCACUUUCCGCAGAAGUUGAAGUGCCCAUCACGGUUAUAAACAAAGCCAUGCCUGUAUUUGAGAAACCAUUCUACAGUAUCGAGAUACCUGAGAAUAUUCAGCUGCACGCUCCAGUUGCCUAUGUACAGGCUAACAGUCCAGAAGGUCCCCGUGUCAUAUACAGUAUUGCAGAUGGAGACCCUUUCAAUCAGUUCACAAUCAACUUCAACACCGGAGUUAUAAAUGUCAUCAGCGCAUUAGACUUUGAAACACAUCCUGCUUACAAACUAACCAUAAGAGCGACAGACUCACUGACGGGAUCAUACUCUGAGGUGUUCGUUGAUAUUGUGGUGGAGGAUGUUAAUGAUAAUCCUCCAGUGUUUGCAGAGAGGAAGUACACGGCCACUCUGUCCGAGGCUUCGGUGGUGGGCACGUCAGUGGCUCAGGUCACUGCCACGGAUUCAGAUUCUGGAAUAAAUAAAGUCCUCUACUACCAAUUAGUAGAAGACGAGGCCAAAAGCUUUGAAUACUUUCACAUUGAUAGCUCCAGUGGCCUCAUUUUAACCGCACGGAUGCUGGAUUACGAACAUGUUCAGAAGUAUGAUCUCCUUGUUCGAGCCUUGGAUAAUGGAAAGCCCCAACUUAGUAGUGAUGUCAUUGUGACUCUGCAUGUCACUGAUUUGAAUGAUAACCCUCCAUUGUUCAAUGAGCUGCUGUACCAGGCAUCAGUAAGUGAGCCCAUAAUGCGGGGACACUUUGUAACACAUGUGCAGGCCACUGAUGCAGAUCCUUCUGAUGUGGACAAGCUUCGGUACUCAAUUGUGUCAGGCAACGAUCAGGUGAACUUUGCCAUAGAUAGCAAGUUGGGAAUCAUUACUAUUUCAAGCCUACCCAAGCAGAAUUUGGAGGCAGUUUAUAAUCUUACUGUAAGUGUAUCUGAUGGUGUUUUCAGAAGCUCAGCAAAAGUUCUAGUAAACAUUCUGACUGCUAAUUUUCACAAUCCGGUUUUUGUUCAGAGUGAUUAUGAAGUAGAAUUGGCUGAAAAUUCAGAAAUUGGGACACUUUUGAUUGAAGUAAAGGCAACAGAUAAAGAUUCUGGUAUAUAUGGGAACUUAACUUAUUCAAUUGUUAAUGACUUUGCAAGAGACAGAUUUUCUGUUGAUCAGAAAGGAAGGAUUUUCACCUCGGAGAAAUUGGAUCGUGAAAACCCAGUGGAGAAGGUGAUCACUGUCAGUGUCAUGGCGAAAGAUGGUGGCGGCAAAGUGGCUUUCUGCAAUGUUAAUGUGAUACUCACCGAUGAAAAUGAUAAUGUACCUCAGUUCCGAGCUGAAAAAUAUAAAGUAAACAUUGGUUCAUAUGCUCCAAAGGGAUCUUCAGUCAUUAGAAUUAUAGCUUCUGAUGCAGAUGAAGGUAGCAAUGCAGAUAUCGUCUACGCCAUUGAAGCUGCUUCUGACAAUGUUGAGGAAAACUUUCAAAUUAAUUCAUUUACUGGGGUCAUCAGCACCAAAGAAAGCUUAGUUGGAUUAGAAAAUAAUUUUUAUACUUUUGUUGUCAGAGUUAAAGAUGGUGGAAUUCCACAGCUAGAUUCUGUUGUUCCUGUCUAUGUGAGAAUACUUCUCCCAGAAAUUCCCCUUCCAGUAUUUACAGAACCUUUCUACACAUUUGCCAUCUCUGAGGAAAUAAAUGUUGGAACCGUGAUUGAUUUGAUCAGAGCAGAAAGUGAUCAGCCAUUGUUCUACAGUCUUGUGAAGGGAAAUACUCCUGAAAGUAACAUGGAUGAAAUAUUUGCUAUAGAACAUGAUACCGGGAAAUUAAAGACUGAAAAAUCUCUUGAUCAUGAAAUAACCAAAUGGUACCAGAUUACUGUGCUGGCACAAUAUCCUUUUGAGGGAUAUGAGGUUAUUUCUUCUGUGGAUGUGAGCAUUCAAGUGAAAGAUGAGAAUGACAAUAAGCCCAUUUUUGAUUCAAAUCCUUACGAAGCUUUUGUUGUGGAAAAUAUGCCUGAAGGAACCACAGUAAUUCAAGUAAAAGCUUCAGACCUGGAUUCUGGAGUGAAUGGCCAGGUGACCUACAGCUUAGCUCAAUCUCAGGAACUGGAUCAUGUGCUCGAUCUUUUCACCAUUAAUAGUGAAACUGGGUGGAUAACAACCCUCAAAGAGUUGGACCAUGAGAAGCAGACAAAGUAUCGAAUCGUCGUGGUGGCAUCUGAUCAGGGAGAGCAGGUCCAGUUGUCAUCCACGACGGUAGUGGACCUCACCGUCACUGACGUAAAUGACAAUCCCCCGCGCUUUACUGCUGAGCUGUACAAAGGAACUCUGAGUGAAGAUGACCCUCCCGGCGGAGUGAUUGCUAUACUGAGUACUACAGAUGCUGAUACUGAAGCUGUAAAUAGACAAGUUACUUGUUACAUUACAGCCGGUGAUCCUCUGGGACAGUUUGGCAUUGAGCACAUUCAGAACGAAUGGAAAGUUUAUGUCAGAAAGCCUUUGGAUAGGGAGAAGAAGGAUCAUUAUCUGUUAACCAUUACAGCUACGGAUGGUACUUUAGUAGCCAAAGCAGUUGUUGAAGUUAAAGUCCUUGAUGCAAAUGAUAACAGUCCAACUUGUGAAAAGACUUUGUAUGCUGAGACCAUAGCGGAGGAUGUUCCUUCUGCCAAAUUAAUCCUGGUGGUUUUGGCUAAAGAUGCAGAUAUACGUUCAAAUGGAGAAAUCACUUACACACUCCACGGAACCGGAGCAGAGAAAUUCAGAUUAGAUUCUGUCACUGGUGAAUUAAAAACAUUUGCUCCACUUGAUCGUGAGGAGCAAGCGGUUUAUAAUCUUCUGGUGAAAGCUACUGAUGGAGGUGGCCGUUCCUGCCAGACUGAUAUUGUUAUUACACUGGAGGAUGUGAAUGAUAAUGCACCAGUCUUUUCAUCUGAUCCAUACACUGUAUCUGUUUUUGAAAACACAGCCAAUAAAACAUUGCUGACAAGAGUUCAAGCUACUGAUCCAGAUGCAGGUUUGAAUCGUAAGGUGCUUUAUUCACUUUCGGAUUCUGCAAACGAUCAUUUCUCCAUUGAUGAGUUGUCUGGAAUUAUUAGUUUGGAGAAACCAUUAGAUCGAGAGCUCCAAGCUUCAUACGUUCUUACCGUGAAGGCCACUGAUCAGGGAGCUCUGAAAAAGCUGUCAUCCUUAAGUACUGUGCUGGUUUCUGUGCUGGACAUCAAUGACAACCCACCUGUAUUUGAGUAUAGGGAGUACCUAGCUACACUUCCUGAGAAUACUCCUUUGGGAACUGAAGUGCUUCAGGUAUUUGCAGCCAGUAAAGAUGCUGAGGCCAAUGCAGACAUUACCUAUUCCAUCAUCAGUGGCAACGAACAUGGGAAAUUCAGCAUUGAUCCAAACACAGGUGCUAUUUUUGUGCUCUCAAGUCUGGACUUUGAGACCUCGCAUGAAUAUUAUUUGACAGUUGAAGUCACGGAUGGUGGAACACCUGCACUUAAUGAUGUGGCAACAGUGAAUAUUAAUGUGACAGACAUCAAUGACAACACUCCUAAAUUUAGUCACGACGUAUACAUGGCAGUGAUAAGUGAAGAUGCUCCUUUGGGACAGCUGGUUGUUACAGUUAUUGCAGACGAUUCAGAUGGGCCAUCAAACAGCCAGAUCCGCUAUUCUAUAAUUAAUGGCAAUCAAGGAAGCCCAUUCACCAUUGAUAAUACCAAGGGGCAGAUAAAAGUAGCACAACAUUUGGAUAGAGAAAAAAUUUCUGGCUAUACCCUGACAGUCCAAGCUUCAGACAAUGGCACUCCUCCUCGGUUCAACACAACCACUGUUAAUAUUGAUGUAGCUGAUGUCAAUGAUAAUCCUCCCAUGUUCUUGCAGGCAAACUAUAGUGUCAUCAUUCAGGAAAACAAGCCGAUCGGAUCCAGUGUGCUGCAGCUUCAGGUGAUCGACAGGGAUUCCUCACACAACGGCCCUCCGUUCAUCUUUACGUUUAUUAGGGGAAAUGACGGGAAUGAAUUUCAGUUAAAUCCACAAGGUCUGCUCUUAUCAUCAUCUCAACUUGACCACAAGAUCAGAGAUGCCUAUCAGCUGCAGGUGCAGGUAACUGAUAAUGGGCGACCUCCAUUAUCCUCAUCAACAUUCAUAAAGCUUAAAGUUAUUGAAGAAAGUAUUUAUCCUCCAGCAAUCCUUCCCCUCGAAAUCCACAUAACUACUGUUGGAGAUGAGUAUACAGGAGGGGUUAUUGGAAAGAUUCAUGCAACAGAUCAGGAUAUUUAUGAUGCUCUCAGAUAUAGCCUUGCUUCUGACAUGGGAAACUCAUUUGAAGUUUCCAGCACUGAUGGCAAAAUGAUUGCACAUAAGUCUUUGGACAUUGGACAAUACGUUCUUAAUGUCACCGUCACUGAUGGUCGGUUCACAACAGCUGCUGAUGUAACUGUGCACGUUAAGCAAGUGACAGAAAGCCAGGUCAACCAUUCUAUUGCCAUACAAUUUGCAAAUAUUACACCCGAAGAGUUUAUAGGAGAUUAUUGGCGUAACUUCCAAAGGGCAUUAAGAAAUAUUCUCGGCAUCAGAAGGCACGAUGUGCAUGUUGUUAGCCUGCAACCUUCCGAACCACCUUCGAAUUUGGAUGUACUUCUGACAGUCAAUAAAGCAGGAAACUCUUUCCAUCUCCCUGAGAUUCUGUUCUAUAAGUUGAAUACCUCUGUGGUGGACAUAGAGGAAAUGAUGGGUGUACGAAUAUUAAAAGUCUUUCACAAACUUUGCGCUGGUCUGGAUUGCCCAACUAGAUUUUGUGAAGAGAAGAUCACUUUAGACAGUAAUACCAUGUCAACACACAGCACAGCGAGGCUGAGUUUUGUCACACCAAGACACCAUAGAGAAGCUGUCUGUCUUUGUAAAGACAGCAAAUGCCCCACUGUGCAUAAACUUUGUGAGGCUAAUCUCUGUCCUGCUGAUACUGAAUGUGUACCUGAUGCAAAAGAGGAACGAUAUACAUGCUUAUGUAAAAAUGGGAAUCAGGGCCAGUGUUCUGGUGACUCCUCUCUGACAUUCAAUGGCAAUAGCUAUGUGAAAUAUCGACUCCUGGAAAAUGAAAAUAAAGAGGAAAUGAAACUUUCUCUGCGCUUACGGACUUACCAUCCACAUGCGGUUGUCAUGUAUGCUAGAGGAACAGAUUACAGCAUUCUAGAAAUUAACAAUGGAAGAUUGCAAUAUAAGUUUGACUGUGGCAGUGGUCCAGGAACUGUAUCUGUACAGAGCAUUCAGGUCAAUGAUGGUGAAUGGCAUUCUGUUUCAUUGGAAGUUGAUGGAAAUUACGCAAGACUAGUUCUCGAUAAAGUCCAUACAGCAGCUGGUACUGCUCCAGGCACCCUGAGGACACUAAACUUAGACAAUUUUUUGUACUUUGGUGGCUAUGUCCGACAGCAGCGCACAAAACAUGGCAGAAACCUGCAGGUCAGCAGUGGCUUUAGAGGGUGCUUGGAGACAAUGAUGCUAAAUGGGCAGAAGCUCCCUUUGAGCAGUAAGCAGAGAGGCUAUGCAGUCAUGGAGGAAUCUGUUGAAAUAUCUUCUGGUUGUUCAUUAAUGCUUGCAGAAGGAUGUUCAAGCAGUCCAUGCCUCAACAGUGGCAUAUGUUCUUCACUGCCCCAUGGAGGCUACUUUUGUAAAUGUACUUCUCUGUUUACGGGUACUCAUUGUGAGAUUGGUGUCAGCCCUUGUGAUUCGAACCCAUGUCUGUAUGGUGGAACAUGCAUUCCAGUGAACGAUGAUUACAUCUGUCAGUGUAGAGGACAAUAUACAGGACUAAGGUGUCAAGUGGGUCCAUACUGCAAAGAUAAUCCUUGCAAAAAUAAUGGCAAAUGUAUCGAUAGUCUCGAUGGCCCCGUUUGUGAGUGUGAAGCAGGUUAUCGUGGAGAAAGAUGCUUGGCUGAUAUUGACGAAUGUCGUGAUAGCCCUUGUCUUAACAAAGGCAGAUGUGAAAACACAUAUGGCUCCUUCAACUGUAAUUGCAGUCAAGGCUUUGUUGGAAAGCUUUGUGAUGAUACUGUGGUUAACAAAUACAUAUCCACACCCUGGAAUAUUGCUUUAGAAGAAGUUAUUGGAAUUAUAGCCUUCGUUGCAACCAUAUUCAUUCUGGUUUUGUUGUUCGUCUUCUUCCGUAAGAAGAUUUGUAAAAAGAAGCAGCAUAACGAGAGCAGUGAAAAACGCGUUGGAGCUACCACUUCUUUCUUGCAGAAGAACUAUUUUGAUUCUAAAAUGAGUAAAACAAUCUAUUCAGACAUUCCACCUCAGGUGCCUGUUCGUCCAAUCUCUUACACUCCAAGUAUUCCAAGUGACUCCCGAAACAACCUGGACCGAAAUUCUUUUGAAGGAUCUGCUAUACCAGAGCAUCCAGAGUUCAGUACUUUCAAUCCAGACUCUAUGCACGGACACCGGAAAACUGUGGCUGUUUGCAGCGUUGCUCCAAACCUACCUCCUCCUCCUCCAUCCAACUCUCCAUCCGACUGUGACUCCAUACAAAAACCCAGCUGGGACUAUGAUUAUGAUGCAAAGGUGGUGGAUCUCGAACCCUGUCCAUCAAAAAAGCCUCUUGAGGAUAGUGCUUGCCAUCCUUUUAACACCCAGGGAAGCAUUUCAGAAGUCCAGUCUCUGAGUUCUUUCCAGUCCGAGUCAUGUGAUGACAAUGCUUCCAUAGUGACUGUAAUACACCUUGUCAAUGCAGUUGUUGACUCGGUAGAAAAAGAAGAAACUCUUGUGGGUCAUGACCUCAAGAAUCCAAGAGCAUAUCACUGGGACACAUCUGAUUGGAUGCCGAAUGUUCAGCUACCUGGCAUCCAGGAAUAUCCACAAUAUGAGGUAAAUGAACACCCAGCCCCGCUUUAUUCUGACCCUAAUGCCAUUGACACAGACUACUAUCCUGGAGGGUAUGACAUUGAGAGUGAUUUCCCGCCACCUCCAGAUGAUUUCCCAAUUCACGAUGAACUGCAGCCAUUGCCCCCGGAAUACAAUGAAUUUGAUUCCAUACAGCCUCCGCGGGACAUGCCCGUUGCUGGAAGUCUGAAUUCAAUGUCACAAAAUAGACAGCAUUUUAACAUGAACCAGUGUCUACCCCACCACCACUAUUCAGCGGACCUCUCAGAACGGCAGAAUGCAGUCCCUGCGGGAAGCAACUAUCGGGGUACCUACCCUUCCUACUCCCUAACGUAUAAUGAUGACUUUGACGCACCCAGUAUGGAUAACAUGUCUAUGUCUGUGUACACAUCUACCACCGCCUCUUGCUCUGAUGUCUCAGCGUGCUGUGAGAUGGAAGAAUCUGAAGUCAUGAUGAGUGACUAUGAAAGUGGGGAUGAAGGCCACUUUGAUGAUGUAACUAUUCCACCACUGGACUUCCAGCAACACACGGAAGUCUGACAAUUCUAAAGUGCCUGGGCUUUAACCGGACAGCACCAUGCAACAGCUUCUAUAUUGACAAGUAUUCUAUGUUAUUUUGCAUAUUGGUUUGCAAGCAUUGUCGGUCAGCUAAUUCCAGCAUGGCUGCAGAGGAUCAUGCAGCAUGUUUCUACACAUCACUGGUUUCUUUCUCCUGAACUACUGGAACUGAAUUUAACAAAUUACAUUUUCAUUGGCUGUGCCAUUUCAGAAUGUGGUUUUGUAUCAGUACAAACAUGCAAAGUAUAGAAGGAUUUUGAUAUUUGGCAAUAUAUUUCACAACAUCCUUUCAUUGUGGUAUUGGUCUGUAUUUAUGUAGUUCUAAUAAUACAGAGAUUAAUUUUUUAAAAGAAUUUUUCUUGUCCUGCAGUUUUUCUUUGUAAAUUUAAUGUACAGUUCUGAUUAAAUAGUCUAAACUAGGAUUUUGUAGAUAUGUGGAAUUGUUUCCAGAAUUUUAGUGCUGUUCAAGUGUGUUCAUCAUUUGCUUUAACAGUGGCAUACCCUGAUAGUUGUGUACAAACCAGUGAUUGGGGUUCUACUCUUAACUUUAUUAUUUCCAGUCAAUUUAAACAUUCAUCAUAAACAUUUUUACCAAAUGUACCAAAAUGCCAAGUUGAUAAGAAUGAGUGGGUUUAUUUUGCUAUGUUUGGGUCUGAAACAUGAAAAUGUCUUAACAGUGAAUGAAUGCAUUUUUUAAUUGUAAAUUGUGUGGAUUUUUUUUUCAGUAAAAGGGGACCUACUGAAUUUUUAGAACCAAAACUUUGCAUAACAUGACAAUGACUUUCUAAAAGCUCUCUGUGGUGCAAUGGUCCUGUUUUUUUUUAAUGAAACUUCCAUUAGCAUUCACUUACUUUCUCAUUGGUAAUAAAUUGUGGAAAAUUAAUUGCCUUGUGCUGUGGUGUGUCUUUAUGAAUUCAAAUUGAGUUGAACUUUGCCAGAAAGUAAAUCAGGAAUGUAUCACCAAAAUAAUAAUUAUCAGGUAAUGCGGCCUUAAGUGUCCACAGGGUUUUUCCCAAUCUCACCAUGGUUUUGGUGGUAGAUCAGAGUAAACCCCAAUGGAAAUCAAGGACUUCUUUAGAUACGUUUUUAAAAAAUGCAUCGGAAACAUACCUCCCACAAUGUUAUUUUCUGUAAGCUUUUUCAUGUCUGCAUUUGUACUGUGAAAUGGAAAAUCCAUUUGUCAAAAUCUUAUGAAGGAGAAAACCUAAUAUAAAAUUUUUUGGAGUAUAAUUUCUUAAGGGAUUGCUUGAUUCACUCAAUUGCUAUCAAAUAAAGUAUUAUUUUUCUCUAAUGCAUAUAUUUAAAGUCAAAUAAAUGUAAAUACUUAGAUUACA